AUGGCCUCCGGAACAGCUGCCGGAGAUGGGUUUUUCCGUGGUGGUGGAUUUGAAGGAUGUAUCAGAGGUGAUAUGGAGAUCACAAGAAGACCAUAUCAUCGUAACUGUAACUGUGCCCUCCACAAGAUGCGUGGAAAAUGCUCUCAUGUCUUCCCGGCGACCAAUGUUGCGUAUCCUAUUAGACGAGCUUGGAGUGAAGGAUCGUUGGCAUUAAUGGUUUCUACGAAUAAUAAUUCAUCACCUCGUUCAUCUCCAGUUGCAGGACCCAUGGCCGACAUCUCCCAUGGUGGGAGGUCGCUUUUUGAUUCGUGUGAUGAAGAUCAUCAACUCUGA